AUGCGCCACACAUUCUACCCCGGGCUGACGGGACGAGGGCUUGGGCCGCCGCUGAAGGCAGAGGCCGCUGCCCUGUUGGCAUCGCUUUUCAGGUUGCAAGCCUGCUCCGAGCAGUUGCGCGCAUCACUGACGGACAUGCAGCACCUCAGCAGCGAUGCAAAGCCAGCUGAGGCUGCGUCAGCGGAGGCAGCCGACAUGGAGUUCACAUGCUUGGCAAACGUGAGCUCCUCGAGAAGUGAGACCAGGAACCCCGAGCACGGCCAAAGCAGCGGCGCCCCGUCGCAAGCCGUGGGGGAGCCGUGGAGGAGCGUCAGGUCCGGCACCGGCGACAGCUACUUGGAUGGGCCAAUGCAGAAGCCUUGGGCGGACAAGGUUGACGCAGAGGAAGCGGACGCGAGGAGAAGCGCGCGCCGUGCCCGGAAAGGCCGCUUGGCCAUGCUCGACACCAUCGAGGAGGCCUCCGACCCCGGGAGUGAAGCCCCUGAAGGACAGAGCAGUGACUCUGACUCCAGCGUGGAGCGCCUAUGGGCUUCUGUCCAGCAGGUCCGGCUGCCUGGCUAA